UUCUGGCCAGUGCUGGGCGCCCUGACUUUCUGCGGUGGCGGUGACAGAGGCUGGAGGCCCGGUUGAGUGCCGGCAGGGGCGUCGGGAGGCUGAUUCCGCCUUCGCUGAGCGCUAGGGGGCGGGCGGAGGGGGCCGGGCUAGCGGCGCAGCUAGCCGCGGAGACAGCGGGCUGAGCGAUGGAGGCCGACGGACUGCCGUGGGCCGGCGAGUCCGUGUCAGGCCCCGGCCCGGGAGGCGGCGGAAUGAUCCGCGAGCUGUGCCGGGGCUUCGGCCGGUACCGCCGCUACCUGGGACGACUGCGGCAGAACCUGCGAGAGACCCAGAAGUUCUUCCGCGACAUCAAGUGCUCCCACAGUCACAGUUGUCCCUCCUCCCCCGCGGGUGGCGGCGCGGCGGAGCUUGGCCCUGCCGGCGACGUCGCCGAAGCCCCGCUGCCAGCGGGUCAGCUGAGCUGCAUUUCCUUCCCACCUAAGGAAGAGAAAUAUCUCCAGCAGAUUGUGGAUUGCCUUCCCUGCAUAUUGAUCCUCGGCCAGGACUGUAAUGCCAAGUGCCAGCUGUUGAACCUGCUGCUGGGGGUGCAGGUGCUUCCCACCAUCAAGCUGGACAGCGACGAGAGCUGUAGGCUUCGGCGCCUCCGCUUCACCUAUGGGACUCAGACUCGGGUCAGCCUGGCACUCCCCGGCCAGUAUGAACUAGUACACACGCUGGCUGCACACCAGAACAACUGGGAGACCAUCCCUGAGGAGGACUUGGAGGUUCAAGAAGACAGCAAGGAUGCUGCUCAUGUUUUAGCUGAGCUGGAGGUGACAAUGCAUCAUGCUCUCCUACAGGUACCAGCCUUACAUGAAGUGGAUAUUGUGGUGGCCCCGUGCCACAGCCACCGGCCUGCGGUAGAUGUUCUGGGUGACGUGGCGAAUGAUUUCUUGCCUGUGAUAACCUACGCACUUCACAAAGAUGAACUCUCUGAGAGGGACGAGCAAGAGCUUCAGGAAAUCAGAAAGUAUUUCUCCUUUCCUGUGUUCUUUUUCAAAGCACCCAAGCUGGAGAUUAUGGACUCCCCCAGCGGGCGAGCAGAGAGUGAAUGGUCACCACUGUAUCGACAGCUGUUGGACCUGGGCUAUCUGAGCGGCAGUCACAGGAACUGUGGAGUCCCUGACGAGGACAGCAAAGCUCAGAGCAUGUUGGUGGAGCAAAGUGAGAAGCUGAGACAAUUGAGUACAUUUUCUCACCAGCUGCUACAGGCCCGCUUAGUGGAUGCAGCCAAGGCCCUGAACGUGGUGCACUGCCGCUGUCUUGACAUCUUUAUUAACCAGGCUUUUGACAUGCAACGGGACCUACAAAUCACUCCUAAACGUCUAGAGUAUACUAGAAAAAAGGAGAAUGAAUUGUAUGAAUCAUUGAUGAAUAUUGCCAACCGAAAGCAGGAGGAAAUGAAGGACAUGAUUGUUGAGACACUUAACACCAUGAAAGAGGAACUUCUGGAUGAUGCUGCCAACAUGGAGUUUAAAGAUGUCAUUGUCCCUGAGAAUGGAGAAACAGUGGGCACCAGAGAGAUCAAAUGCUGCAUCCGGCAGAUCCAAGAACUCAUCAUCUCCAGGCUCAAUCAGGCAGUGGCCAACAAGCUGAUCAGCUCAGUGGAUUACCUACGGGAAAGCUUUGUUGGGACCCUGGAACGGUGUCUGCAGAGCCUUGAAAAAUCACAGGAUGUCUCAGUUCAUAUUACCAGCAAUUAUCUCAAACAGAUCUUAAAUGCCGCUUAUCAUGUUGAAGUCACAUUUCACUCUGGGUCCUCAGUUACAAGGAUGCUUUGGGAACAAAUCAAGCAGAUCAUCCAGCGGAUCACAUGGGUGAGCCCACCCACCAUCACUCUAGAGUGGAAGAGGAAGGUGGCCCAGGAAGCCAUCGAGAGUCUCAGUGCCUCCAAGUUGGCCAAGAGCAUUUGCAGCCAGUUCCGCACUCGGCUCAAUUGUUCUCAUGAGGCUUUUGCAGCCUCCUUGAGGCAGCUGGAAGCUGGCCACUCUGGGCGGCUGGAGAAAACUGAAGAUCUGUGGCUAAAGGUUCGAAAAGACCACGCCCCCCGUCUGGCCCGCCUUUCACUAGAGAGCCGGUCUUUACAGGAUGUCUUGCUUCACCGUAAACCUAAAUUAGGACAGGAACUAGGCCGGGGCCAGUAUGGUGUAGUGUACCUGUGUGACAACUGGGGCGGACACUUCCCUUGCGCCCUCAAGUCAGUUGUUCCUCCUGAUGAGAAGCACUGGAAUGACCUGGCGUUAGAGUUUCACUACAUGAGGUCUUUGCCAAAGCACGAGCGAUUGGUGGAUCUUCAUGGUUCGGUCAUUGAUUACAACUACGGUGGUGGCUCCAGCAUCGCGGUGCUGCUUAUUAUGGAGCGGCUGCACCGGGACCUCUACACGGGGCUGAAGGCUGGGCUGACCCUGGAGACACGUUUGCAGAUAGCUCUGGAUGUGGUGGAGGGAAUCCGCUUUCUGCACAGCCAGGGGCUUGUGCAUCGGGAUAUCAAACUGAAGAACGUGCUGCUGGACAAACAAAACCGUGCCAAGAUCACUGACUUAGGAUUCUGCAAGCCAGAAGCUAUGAUGUCAGGCAGCAUUGUUGGGACACCAAUCCAUAUGGCCCCUGAACUUUUCACAGGAAAGUACGAUAAUUCCGUGGACGUCUAUGCUUUUGGAAUCCUUUUCUGGUAUAUCUGCUCAGGCUCCGUCAAGCUCCCUGAGGCAUUUGAGAGGUGUGCUAGCAAAGAUCAUCUCUGGAACAAUGUGCGCAGAGGGACCCGUCCAGAGCGUCUUCCUGUGUUUGAUGAGGAGUGCUGGCAGUUGAUGGAAGCAUGUUGGGAUGGUGACCCCUCUAAGAGGCCUCUCUUGGGCAUCGUCCAGCCUAUGCUCCAAGGCAUUAUGGACCGACUUUGCAAGUGCAGUUCUGAGCAACCAAACAGAGGACUAGACGACUCUACUUGAAGACCAAGACCUUUCUCUUUAUUCUGUUCCUUCCUUCCCUCUCACCUUUAGGCCAUGGGGAGAAUCUGUCAUUUGUUUAUUAAGGGAGCUCCUAAGGGAAUUGGUGCUUGUUGACAACUCAAGACCUUCCUGGGCAGAGAUAGCUCCUGGACCCUGAAGCACUCAGUGGCUGUUUUAGGAUUCAUACUGCCUCACACUAUCUCUUUAGCAAAAGAUUGUGUCAGAUGUGUAAACGCUGAAGAAUGUGAUGUUCUGGCCUCAGAACUGAAAGGAGGCAACCGCUAGCACUGGCUGUUCACGGCCUGUGUUUCUAAACCCGGUGGGACACCGCAGUGCAGGGACUGAAGCUAUCAUCGCCAUGACUUCAGCUCUAGGUCGGAACAGCUCAGUUAUCCAGUGGUGGAGAGCACUUAGAAAACAUGACAUUAGUUCAGGACUGUAUGAUUAUAAGGGCAAAAAAAAAACAAAAACAAAAACAAAAAAAAAAACAUCCCAGCCAAAUAUACCUUGUGGUUGCCUGGUUCUUGUUCUCUGUAACCAGGAUCUCAGGUUGUAAGUCAGAAGCCCCAGAAGGCAGCUGGGUGUGAAGCUGUCUGCCCUCACAACCCAGUGUUUACAUUUCCAGGGCCAGGGAGCCCUGGUUUCUUCAGGGCAGGGCUAACCCAGAACAGAAUCUCUUUGAUCCUUGGGUUUUUUUCCCCACCUCCUACCCUUCUUUUGCCUCAAAAAGGGGGGACUACUCCAGAUAUCAUAGUAGUUGGGCUGAGUGUCUGAUUAAAAAUAGACUAUAAUUGUGUUGUUGUUUUAAUGGGAUAUAGCCCAGGCUGGCCUUAAAAAUCUUAUCCUUCUGCCUCAUGCUCCAAAGUGCUGAGAUUGCAGGUAUAUACUGCCAUGCCCAGCUUUUAACUGUACAGCUCUCUCUCUUAUCUCCUUCCUCAGUGCUGGGGGUCAGCCCCACAGCCGCAGAUCUGCUGGGAACUGCUCUCAUGUUCACACGCCAGCUUCAUAGAGCUUUCAAAGUUCACCUUACUACUAGGCCCCGUGAGCUGAUGAGGAUGUGACUGAGCAUACUGGUCUCCUGCUACAGCUCUUCAGAAAUGCCAUGCAGUGCUUUCUCCAUGCAAACUGUAACAGACACGUUAUAGGCCCAGUGUCUCUGGGUGUGUUGGCUCUAGCCUCACUUUGGUAGAAUGCUUAGUUUAGCUCUCAGGAUUUUCACAUCUACUCAGCUAUACUUAGGUACUCUGCUCUGAGCAUUAACUUGUCCUCUGGAGACAGAAGGGUGUGCAGGAAGCCAGGUGUCAGGAAAGAAGGAAUGAGCCGUCUCUACGAGUUAGGUCUACUGUGUGAAACCAAGAGGUCUGUGUGGUGGGAGGACUGCUGCCCUUGUUCUGAACUCUGAUACAGAGACUGCAGUUCUAGCAUGGACACCAUAUUCCUAGCAUUCUUUGCACAUAUUAGCUCAGACUCAGAAAUGGGAGGUUAGAUUUUGUUUUCCCCAUCCAGAGUCCAUUUUCAGUCUCCUGUCAGAUUGUAGGUUCUUUUUUUUUAUCUUUAAUUUUUAAAAAGAAGAUUCCCUCCAUUUUUUCUGCCCAAUGAGAGGGAGAGGCUAAUGCUAAGUGAGGAGAUAAGGAGUAGUUUUGUAGUCAUUCAUAAAAAAGUAUCUGAAAAAGUCCAAGAUAUUCUUGAAAGUGUCCGGCCGGGCAAGCCAAAGGCCACAUGAGGGUAUGUGGUGGUGGUAUUUCAAUACUCAGCUGGCUGAGUAUGUGAACACAUGUGUCUAAUUUGUGUGUAUUUUACUUUAUAACAUUGUAAGCUAAUUUUGGAUUGUUUUUUGGCAUCUGUUAUUAUUUUAGUGAUAAAAUGCCAUGAAAUGUACUGUACUGUAUAUUACUUGGGAAGACACUAGGUCCUCAGAGAAGUGUGGUGGCACUUAGCACAGGGCUUGAUAGGGCCAAAGUUUUGAAGAUUUACCUCCAGGCUAAGGGAGGAAGAAGGGUGGCAUAAAGAGUUACCUUCAGCCGGGCGGUGGUGGCGCACGCCUUUAAUCCCAGCACUCGGGAGGCAGAGGCAGGCGGAGCUCUGUGAGUUCGAGGCCAGCCUGGUCUACAAUAGCUAGUUCCAGGACAGGAACCAAAAAAAGCUACGGAGAAACCCUGUCUCGAAAAUCCAGGAAAAAAAAAAGAGUUACCUUCAAAAAAAUUUCCAUAGGGGGCAGUUUACUGUAGCCCUUAAGUGACCACCUGGCUGCUUCUUAGGAGCUGAAAGCCUGGCUACUAAUUUUGCUGUAGAAUGGAGGGGCAGGCUCUCCUACAGAGCAAUCAGAAGAAAUGUUGGCAGAGUCUGGCCCCUGCACGGCUCUCCUGUGCCCUUGAGCGUGGCAGCACAGCUGAGUCGCUUCUGACUGAGCAGUCUUCACUGCUCUCAGAAAGUGGACUGCUCUGGUUCUUCCCAGACCAAAGAGAGUCACUUCUGACUCCAUCCACUCUAAGGGACAGGGCUAGGCAACCACUGGGUCAAAAUAUUAACACUAAAGCUCAAGGAACCCGAGAAAGGGUGCAUUACUACACAGUUAGAGCAGGAGCACAGUGAGCUGGACUUUGUCAGAUCCCAGUGCAUUCCGUAUUUUCGCUUGAGCUCUCAGACAGGUUAGAGCACUCAGGGCAGGCCUAGUUCAGUGGAGAAUGCGCUUGGCACACACAUGGCCUUGGGCUCAGUGUCCAGUACCAAAACAAAACACAGAGGUCAAAGAGGGCUGGAAAGUCAGUGUUCUUCCUGACAGAAGCGGCGUGGGCGGUAGGGCUGUGAAGUGCCAGCUGCACUAAGUGACACUUUAUUUUGUUGUUGUUGUCUUAUUUAGCACUGAGAAGCCCAGGGGAUGGGUCAGUACAGUCACACUUAGGGAAACUGAGGCACCUCUGAUCUUGCUCUGGAGAGAUGCCCCUCUUGUUUGAUCUAGCUUACUGGGAGGUUUCCCGACCCCAUGUUGUGUCAGGAUGGAUUAAUGGCCUUGGGAAGUGUGGAGCUGCUGAAAGUGUUCAGAGCAUGCAUUUUGCAUUUUCUGGGUCAAACCGUCCACAUUUUCCUUAAAAGAAAAUGAGGAUUUAGUCUUCUAGGUGCUGCGGUAUGUGGGGUAGAGCUAGUGUGAUAUUGGAGUGGCCUUACGGCACCCGCACUGCAGACUCCCCUAGAAGUUUCAGGUGGUACUGUUGCUCUUAAGAGCCGAACUCCAUCUGCUCUGUUAGCAGCGCCUAGUGUGAUCGACAUGGAGGAGACUGGGAACGCCUGGCAGCUGGGGUUGCUGGGGAGGAAACUUAGUCUGGAUGGCUUGCUGGUUUUUUUGUUUUAUUUUUUAUCUUUAUGUAAUAUUUUUGUUUUAAAGAACUAAUGUCUAUUACAGUAUUAUAUAAAAGUGUAACAUACUAAGUGUGUAGAAUAAAGUGCAAUAACAAAAACUA